GGCGAGCGGAGCGGCGCGCCUGUCCGGAGCUUGGCGGUGGCCCCGGAGGAGGCUGAGGCGGCGGCGGCGGCGGCGGGCCCGGACAAGCGCCCGGAGGUGGCGGACGAGGCGCCAGGGUCCCCCAUGGGCGGGUGUGUGGGCGCCCAGCACGACUCCUCAGGCAGCCUCAACGAGAACUCGGAGGGCACCGGAGUUGCUUUAGGUCGUAACCAGCCUUUGAAAAAGGAGAAACCAAAAUGGAAAAGUGAUUAUCCUAUGACAGAUGGACAACUGCGCAGCAAGAGGGACGAAUUUUGGGAUACUGCACCAGCUUUUGAAGGCCGUAAAGAGAUUUGGGAUGCCUUGAAGGCUGCUGCACAUGCUUUUGAGAGCAAUGAUCACGAACUGGCACAAGCAAUCAUUGACGGUGCAAAUAUAACAUUACCACAUGGUGCACUUACAGAGUGCUAUGACGAACUGGGGAACAGAUACCAGCUUCCAGUCUAUUGCUUGGCACCACCAAUCAACAUGAUAGAGGAAAAGAGUGACAUAGAGACUCUGGAUAUUCCUGAGCCACCACCCAAUUCUGGAUAUGAAUCUCAGCUCCGUUUGCGCCUUUCCACAGGCAAAGACCUUAAACUUGUGGUUCGUAGCACAGACACGGUAUUCCACAUGAAGAGACGGUUACAUGCAGCAGAAGGAGUGGAACCGGGUAGUCAGCGGUGGUUCUUCUCUGGCAGACCUCUCACCGACAAAAUGAAGCUGGAAGAGCUGAAGAUCCCCAAGGACUAUGUUGUGCAGGUUAUAGUGAGCCAACCUUUGCAGAACCCAACACCAGUUGAAAACUGAACUGGUCCUAUUGGCUGGUUCCCAGAUCCCUCUGCUCCUUUUUAUUGUGUUGUCAUUUCCUACUCUAUGGCGUGAAAUUUGUUUUCACUGCUCUAAAUUCCCUAUGAAUGGAUUUAGUUCUGAGGAAUUACCAGUGAAAAAUUCCAUCUGUGAUGGAGACCAACAAAAAUAAUAAAACACAAAGAGCCAGCCUUUGAGACUCAUGUAAUUACAAUUUCUAAUUUGAGAAGCAGUUAAGAAAUAGAUAACCAUUUAUUUUAAAACACUCAACAACUAUGUAAUGGCUGUAUUUAAAUGAUUUGGACUGUAAAUGGAACGAUGCAUCCAUGAAGAACAGCACCAAGCACCUUUUGAAUACAGAUUUUUUUUAAAUAUAUCAAAUUAUAUACCCAGAAACCAUCCAUAAUGUUAUAAAA